AUGGCAGAGUAUGUGUGGGCAAGUGACGCGAGGUUGCUAGGCGCUGGAGCGGACGGAGAGGUAAGGGUUGGGUUCCACCGAAAGACUGGAGACAAAGUAGCCAUGAAGAAGAUGUACGAGCACGAAUACCUUUACGAUACCAUCAUCAACGAGUCGGAGAUCCUGGAAGAGGUAGCGCACGACAACGUUGUCAAUCUUCUUGGGUUGACCUGCAACAACCAGGGGACAUUCAUGGUGAUGGAGCUCAUGGACGGGAGUUUGCGCGAUGUGAUCUCGUCGCGCAAGCUUGGCGAGCACGACAUCAAGGCCGUGAUGCGCCAGAUCCUGGAGCGCCUGGCGUGGAUUCACGCGCACAGAAUCGUGCAUCAAGACAUCAAGACGAGCAACGUUCUCGUCAAAAGGGAUGGAGAGAAGAAUAAGUUUGUGGUGAAACUGGCGGACUUCACUACCGCGAGGAGGCUGCAGACACGUCCCUGGUCGAACAAGGUCGGGACCCUAACGUUUAACGCUCCGGAGCUUCUCAAGGGUGCCACCAGCUUUGGCACCGCAAUCGACGUGUGGAGCGCCGGGUGUAUAUUCGCGGAGAUGCUCCUGGGUAGCAAUCCCUUUGACGUGCCCGACGAAGAGGAUGGAGACUCGCUCAACUAUUUUGUGGCUGAUUUUGCCAAGAAGCUGGACAUCGAUGGCUGUGACAUGGGCUAUCAAGACAAGCGCCGAGAACGAGCAUGCGAGAGGAUCUUGGAGAAGAUGACGUAG